GGCCCAAUAGCUACUGAAUCUUUCCAAUCAAUUGUCAUUCUCUAGUGAACCACCAAGUGUCCAGCCUCUUGUUUUGCAUCCCUGUCUGGGUCAAAGAUGUAAACUCAUGCUUCUUCAAGUGGAGGGCAACUCAAUGAAAAAACCUUCAUGGAGACCAAGAAAUCUGACCGAUCUCUCAACAGUUGUUCUUCCAAGGCUUCAAUGAAUGUCAGUGUCAAAGAACUGGGUAAGAAUAUCACUUUCUCCCCUCCAACCACUAGGGCAAAUAUAGAGGACAUUACUAAGGAGCUGCACUGCCAACUGUGUCAUGACUGGUUUCAUAAGCCUGUGAUGCUGAGCUGUAGCCACAACUUUUGUAAAGUGUGCAUUGAGAAGUCAUGGAAGCAUCACCAGAAAACAGUAUGCCCCGAGUGCCUCAUACCAUGCCAGAACAAGAGCUUUAUUCCCAAUAUGGUGCUAGAGAGAUUGGUGUUGAGAAUCAAGGAACUGCCUCUGACCCAAAGUGCACCUCAGUGCCAAGAGCAUGGUGAGAACUUGAAGCUAUUCAGUAAGCAGGAAGGGAAGUUGGCUUGCUUCCAGUGUAAGGACGUUCGACAUUCACAGGAAUUUAUGCAGAUAACUGAAGCUGUUCAUGUCUACACGGGAAAGAUGACCGUCAACCAAGCUCAGGUAGAAGCAAGCCUAAAGGAAUUGCAGAGGAUAAAAUGCAUGCAAGAGGAGGCAAUCUGUGCUCAUAAGGAAAACAAGAUACAUCUGCAGCAAAACAUCUCCCUGGAGUUUCUAAAGCUGCACCAGUUCCUGCACAACAAAGAGAAGCAACUUUUGAAUGAGCUUCAGGAGAAGGGGAGAAAACUGGAUGAGGAGAUGGAAAGGAAUCUGAACCAGCUACAGGAGCAAUGUGUCCUAGCUAAGGAAAUGUUGGUGGACAUCCAAGUCCAAAUGGAACGGCACAAUCCUUUCGACUUCCUUGGAGAUAUUACAGCCUUCUUAAGUAGCUUGGAAAAAGGAAUUGAAGUAUUAACCCCCAGAGACUUCAUUUGCAGGGAACUGAGCCUGGGGAAGUUCAAGGGCCCUAUCCAGUACAUGAUGUGGAAAGAAAUGGCAUCCAUCAUCUGUCCAGGCCUUUCUCUGAUAACUCUGGAUCCCAGAACAGCUCACCCAAAUUUGGUGAUAUCUGAAGAUAGAACCAGUGUGUGCCAUGGUGACGUUAAGCAGAUGAUUCCUGACAAUCCAGAGCGGUUUGACUCAAGUGUGGCUGUGCUUGGUUUAGAAGGCUUCACCAAAGGAAAAUGGUACUGGGAGGUAGAAGUAGCCCGGAAAACCAAAUGGACAGUGGGAGUGGUCAGAGAGUCAAUCAAUCGGAAGGGCUGUUGUCCUCUGACUCCUAUGGAUGGGUUCUGGCUCCUCCGGCUAAGGAACCAUGUUGAACUAAAGGCUCUAGAUGUGCCCUCCUUCAGUAUGGUGCUGAAAUGCAGCCUUAACCAGGUGGGCAUAUAUGUAGAUUAUGAGGGGGGACAGGUGUCCUUUUAUAAUGCUGAAGACAUGUCUCACAUUUAUACCUUCAGCAGCACCUUUACUGAAAAACUACUCCCCUACUUCUGCCCCUGUCUGAAUGAUUCUGGAGAUAACCUAGAGCCUCUGAGCAUCAUUCACCCCUUUGGCACAAGCUCAGCCAAGCAGUAAUGCUGCUUUGUUGGUUCGGAGCUUUAUUAAAGUUACCGGUGCGGUUUCUUGG